UCCGCCCCGCCCCCUGUGCGGCGGCCUAGGCCCUGUUUACCCGCGGUGCAUGGUGGGGCUGUCGCCUGGGACAACCCAGCCACCCGACAGUCUCUUGGCGUUGCAGAGCGAGCGCGGCGGCGGUAGCAUGCACCCGGCCUUCUCAUCCUCAGCGCCCCUGGCGAGCCCCGACUACUACGAGAGGCUGGGCCGCCUCCAGCACGGGCUGCGGGACAGUGAAAAAAAGAGACUGGACCUGGAAAAGAAACUUUAUGAAUAUAAUCAGUCUGAUGUAUGCAGAGUUAAGCUGAAGUAUGUGAAACUAAAGAGAUAUCUGAAGGAAAUAUGUGAAUCAGAAAAGAAGGCUCGUACUCGAAACCAAGAAUAUUUAAAGCGAUUUGAGCAUGUCCAAGCUCAUGUUGGACACUUUACUACAAAUACAGAGAAGCUUCAGGAACUAAAGACCGAAUAUGAGGCUCAAAUUAAGAAGACACAGCUACUCUCAAAAGAUAGACCUGGAAUAAAAGGUGAACUGAAAGAUGAAGACAGAGAAAAGGUUACAAGGCAGGCAGGAACUAACUCGGGGACAGCCAUGUCAAGAGGAUUGUAUCAACCGGCAACAAUCUUUAUGGGCCGCCAAAUGUCAGCCAUCUCAAGCAUUGGAGGUUUCAGUACAGAGCAGAAAUCUCCCCAGCCCACAAAGAACUUUUCAAUUCCUGACCCACAUUCACACCGACAGACAGCCCAGAGCGGUAAUGUGACAGACAGCUAUGUAGUACAAACUAAUAGUGACACACAGUGCUUAAAUAAGUCUGACAAAAUAGAUGGAAAGACAUCUCUUCAGAUUGGUGAGAAAACGCCAGUCACAGCCAGCGCAUUGUCUGAGGAGGAACAAACUCAUUGCUUACAGAUAGGAAGCAACACGCGUCACGGCGGGAGUAGUUUAUCUGAAGGCAAAAAGUCUGCUGAACUCCAUUCCCUGUUACGGGAAAGAUUAAGUCCAGAGAACAGAACCACUGAUUUAAAGUAUGACAGUUGCAGCAGAUCAGAGGGAUCAGAGGGAGAAAUACUGACACAGGAAUGUAUUGAAGUCAAGGAAGAAAGAGCCAGACCGCCAGUCUCUCCGCUAUCAGCCUCAGAAUACUGUGCAUCUGUAAAUAAGUGUUCUCAAGAGAAGGAUUCUGCUUGGGAAGGUUUCCCAGAUCAUCUUCCUCCUGGGGACCCAGAGUCACAGAAACCCUUCAGAAAAAUGCAGGAACAGCAAGAGGAGGAAAGUUUGAGCAGCAGCAGCAGUGAUCUCACAGUCUCUGUAAGUGAAGAUGAUCUGAUUUUCAAGAGUUCAGAACCACAGCCAAAUCCGGGUGACGUGAUGGAAGGAGAAAAUGGAAUAGAGGCCUUAAAAUUAAUCCACUUUGAGCAAGAACGAGAUGCCCUAUCCACCGAAAAACAUAAUUGUAUUUUGCAAACCCUAAGCUCUCCUGAUUCAAAAAAGGAAUCCGCCACUCACUCACCAACAAGAGAAUCUGAACAGGCACCAGGUCAGCAUGUUGCCACCUUGAAAGAACAUGAUAAUUCUAUCAGAGAAGUAGUAGUUAAGCCAUCUGAAGUUUUCCCGGUCAAAAAAGUGAACCAGAUGACAAGGGCAACGGCAUUAUUGAAAAAAGCCCUUACAGAAGAGUGUGAUGAUAGGUCAGCUAUUCACAGUAAUGAAUCAUCUUGCAGUCUGCCAUCUAUUCUGAAUGACAAUAGUGGAAUAAAGGAAGCAAAGCCCACUCUGUGGCUCAACAGUGUUCGUACAAGGGAACAAGAAGUUUCCAGUGGCUGUGGAGACGAGACCAGGGAAGAAAGCGUGGCAGCAAAGAUCCCCAUCACAGAAACAAAAGCCUACCAGUUGCUGAAGCAGUCUACCCUUCAGGAUAAUAUAAAUCACACUGAAGACAGAUUCCAAAAAGCGGAUGUUUCUGUAAUACAACUGUCAGGUUUGAACAUUGGCAGCGGUAUACUCAAGACAAAGACAACUAACAAAAUCGCCUCGGAGGCUAGUUUUUCAUCGAGCGAAGGAAGUCCUUUGUCAAGGAAGCGGUUUUCACGCUCCCGGAUCCAUUUAUUCAAUGGAGAGUAUAUUUUAACAGCCUGCCAUGUAACUUCAGUUUACCGUCUGGAUCGAGAUAACAUUUUACCGAAGAAAAGGAUGUGUGCUUGCAACAUAAUUGCCUGGGGGAAAGGUAGCAGAAGUCACCCAGCCAUGGCACCCUGGCAGGGCCGCUGUGGGUGGCAUUUGUGUCCACCCUGCAACCACCAGAGUGGCCAGCGGAGGGCGCCUGGCCGCAGCUGAUGCCGUGUCUCUCUCCUUGCCUGGUCACUGGGCCAUUUUCCCUUGGGAGAAUACAAAGAUUGCACGGAAUCAAUACCAGUGAAAUAAAAAUCAGGUAUUCCUGGAAGUCCUUUAGGUUUUAUUAAAGCACCCGUUCUCCGUCUCUGGCUUAGCAAAUCUGCAAUCGCCUUAAAUCCUACUGAAUAAGCAGCUGCCUAAAUAUCCUACGUGUUCUCCUCAUAGACCCACCUACUUUAUUUUUUUCUACACAGAGCAUGAAAGAACAGUAACUUCCUAGAUUAGCAGAAGGGAAGGAGUUAGCAAAUUGACCCCAGGCAGCUUAAAAAAAAAAAAAAAGAAAAAAGGCUUCUGCUGCAGGGUCCCUGGCUAACCAUCAGGGGGCGCUCGGACUUUGCCAAAUUAAAACUGUCUCAGCCUUUGGUCAGCCCUUAAAAUUAGAAUUUACAGAGAUUUGUUGGCAUACUCAUGGGGUUCUUUUCCUUCCUGAAUAAUUUUAUGCCUUCUAUUUUUCAGAAAUAUAUGUCUCUUGAGCAAAAUUGUAGCUGAAUAUGCUAUUUGAGACAUUUUAAUACCGAUUUUAGCUAGCAGUCAAAAUCAUUAAAAAUUACAGAAUUUGGAGUCUAGAGACCACAUCUUCUCAUUAGUUAAUAUUUUCAGUCUUAUAUAGUAAGACCCUAGAACAGGAAGGACACUUCCCACUAGUAGUCCCCCCCCCCCCAUGUGGUCUCCCAUCCCAUAGACCCCUGCUCUUGGCAGGACCCUCAGAGUCUCAUUGCCAGACUCCACUGACAUGACCUCAAGGUCACAAUAACUUGGGUAGUUUGUUGACAGGCUGUGGAUACUUAUUUCCUUCAACACAGUAUUGACCAUGAGGUUGAGAAUCAUUGUGUUACUAAUAUUAGGACAUCCCCCAGGUCUGCUGUUUUCCAGAUUCCUCCUCCCACAGGGCCAAGAAUGAGUGUCUGAAAUCCUAGCCUGACUGUUGCACCUCUGCUGCUGUGAGUCUCUCAAGGGCUUCUGUUACCCAUACCCCCCUCGAGCACUGCAUGGCCUACAGUCUGCAGCGCCUUCCAGCCUGCUCCCCCAUGUCCCUGUGCCCACUUGACAGCCUCAUGUCAUGCCCUCAUACAACCAGCUAUGUCAUGAGCCCCAGCUUCUAUUCCUGCUCUUUUGCUGGAAUGCUUCUGCCCCACACUUUCACCUGGCUGAUGCCUACUAGAUUGUCAGGGCUUAACUAUUAACCUUCUAAAAGUCUCCUAAGCAAAGGAUCUGGUCAUACAAGACGCCCCUCCUGUGGCCCCAUGGCUAUUUCUACCAUCAUCUGUAGCAUAGGGAUUGUAGCCAUUUGCAGGUACCUUCCCCUCACUGUGAGCUCCUCACUGGGGGCUUGGAGGGCUUUUCUGAUUACCAGUGCUCAAUAACUGUUGGACUUGCUGAGUAAGUGAACCUCUGUGUAUAGCUCCACAUUCACUCAAGCAUUUGUCUUAGAUGCCCUCACCUCUGGGUGGCAUCACGUACCCAAGCUGCAGGAAAUCAUGCAUUCCACAAAGGUCUCUGCAUGAGUGUAUAGGAGAGGGAGGGCACACACACAUUUCCCAAGGGAGACUCCUGCAGUCAACCUCGAUUGCACCCUCUCCAAUCGUGCACCCUGCAUUUGGCUUCCAGGAAACACACUGGGCAUGCACCCUCAUACAGUGCAUUACUGGGGUCCUCACCUAACUGCUGUCCUGUCUAUUGGUAAAAGGAUAUCUGGCUCUUGGCCCUGAACUUGACAUGGGCUCUUGGUAUGUGCUAGGGGCCUGCACGUUACCCCCUAAUUCUGCUGCUGUCAGUUCUCAGCUUACCCCACAGUUGCCCUUUUUGGCUUGUGUCACAGUUAUUUUGGUAUCUGUCUCCCCACUGGAGCAUGAGAGGCCCAAAGACAGAGAUCAAAUGGGUGUUGUUUGUUGCUGCGGGCCCAGCAUAGAGCUGAUGUGUAGUGUGACCUAUGAGACGGUGAAUGAGUAAGGGAAUGGAUGAAUGAACAAACCAUUGCUCUGCUGACCUGCUUGUGCAAGGCCUGGCAGAGGCCAUUUCCCUGUGUCCUCCCCGUCCCAAGUGCUCCUGCCCAUCAGGCUCCUUAAGGAGGAGACUUCAUGCAUCUCAGGCCUGUUUCCUUUCUCUCUGUCCCCACAUUUUCCCUUUCCUUGGCCACUGUGCCAGAGUACUUGUCACCUUCACUUAGAACCCAUGACUGCCAUCACCAAACCAAGCACAUGCCUUUGUGCACCCGAAUGCUGUGACAGUGAGCAGCACCAGUCCCCCACACCUGCUGUAGCCAGGCUGUCAAGCAGGAUUCUCUCUAUACUUACCAGAACACUGCAACGAAGGCCUACUUCCCCCAUUUUGCAGACAGAAAACGGGUGCUCAGAGAGGUAGGGAGCUUGCCCAGGGCCACACAGGGAGCAGAGUAGAGCAUCAAGGGAGUAGAGGCUGUCUGGCCCCAGAGCUGACACUGUCUCCCAUCAGCAGUCCUGCGCUGGGAUAGGGACCGGCUGCCCCAACCCAGGUUCUCUCCACCCUGCUGUUUGACCACAUCUCACGAGGUGAGGCAGGUGUUUGCAUUUGGGAAGCAUCCAUGUGCUGGGGGGCUCUGUCCUCGUCUGCCCCCACCCCCAUCUGACAGUUCUGUGUGUCUUGAAGCACAGCCUUCACAGCCUCUCUGGGCCCCACCACCCAUACAGUGAAAGCGAUGGAUAAUCUAUAAGUGCUCUGCUAUAAUUUAAUAAUGGGUUUCUUAGAAGCUCAUAGGUUUUCCACUUCUCAUUUUGUCUCUACUUGCCAGUUCCACAAAGCAAAACUUCAUGCUUACAGUAGGCCUUGCCAUCUAAUUUUGUAUUUAUGUUGACUAAGUAUUCCUAGCUACAUUAGCCUUUUGCUCACAUAACAUGAAUAGUUGACACACAUAAUUUCAGUGAUACCUUGUUUCACCACGAUUGUGGAUUGUGCACGUGGGUGCCAGGUGCUGCUCUUUGAAUAAAAACUGUUAAGGCCCUGACCAACCUUGACUUCUUAAGUUUAGCAAGGAUGAGAACAAAAGUGACUUUGAUUAGAGUUGUCCUAAUCUGGUUUAUCAAUAGCAGGGGAAUUCAUAAACAAUUACUGAAAAGCAUCAAAAAAUGAGAUGGCUUGAUGGGUACACAGAGGGAAGAUAUGUGAUAAAGCCAAUAUGGCAAAAGGUAAAUUAAACAUCCCCUUCAUGGGUAUGUGGUAUUUAUUGUACAGCUAUGGGGAAAAAAAUACCUAACCUGCUGGGAAAUUCUGCAGAGGUCAUUGUCCCAUUAUGAUGAGACCAGCAGAACGUGGUCACAUUUUAAUUUAAUCCAUUGUCUGUGGUGUUUUACCUGAAAAUGGUUUGUUUUGAAGUAGGACCUCCAAUCUAAUUGUAACCUUCUGGGGAAAAAAAAUCAAGUCUGCCAUCUUGGAUUCUAAGAGUUACCCAUGAAAGACCAUGCAGGGGACAGGCAGACCCUUUGGUGUGCUGUAAGUAUGGCAGUGUCACCUGUUCAACCGGCUCGGUGCACUGUGGCCCCAGGGCCAAGUCUUGGCCUCUGCCUGCUUUUGUACACCUUCAAGCUAAGAGUGGGUUUUACAUUUUUGGGGGAUGAGGGGAAGCAAAGAAGAGGGAGAAGGAGAAUCUUAAGCAGGCUCCACACUCAGCAUGGAACCCAACACAGGGCUCGAUCUCACAACCAUGAGAUCAUGACCUGGACUGAAAUCAAGAGUCAGACGCUUAACCAACUGAGCCACCCAGGUUUUUACAUUUUUAAAUGUUGGAGGAAAUCCAAAGAAGAAUGAUGUUGCAUGACACCUGACCUGGAAGUUCUAUGAAAUUCAAAUUUUAGUGCCUAUAAGUGAGGUUGAAUUACAAUACAGCCCCACCUAUCGUGUUCAUGGCUUGUUUCCAUGCUAUAGCCACAAAGGUGAGUUGUCCUACAACCAUAUAGCCCACAACAGCUGAACCAUUUACCCUCUGGCUCUUUACAGCAAACCUUUGCCAACCUCUGUUUUACAAGAUGAAAAUGUUACUUUCGUGCUCUUAGGGAAGACGAAGCAGUCAGACUCCAAGUAUGUGUGACCCAAUCCCAUGGCCUAUAAGACUAACUCUUCCAUUUCUUAUACUUUGCCAGAGUGAAUGUGUUCCUCAUCUUAUUUAUUAUAGUAGCUCAAGUUGACUAUAUCCAGUAUUCCAGGGAAAGUUCUCCCACUAUGCCCGUUGGCCUUGUCUUAGCUUUACACAUUAGGUGUGACUCAGAAAGAACCGUUGACCCUAAGAAUUGCAUGUGACUCUAGGUCAGCUUUGAAUUGGGGUGUCACAUUGGUGGGCAGAGCUGGCUUCCCAAAGGGAAACAUAAUUGCCCCUAGUGCAUGGGGAUGGAGUAGGAGACACCUGGAAGCAGUGUCCACCUUUCUCAGUGGGUGACGUACAUGCAUUUAGUUCUGCAGAUUUCUUGCACGAUUCCGGUAAGAAACUUAACCUGAUUCUGAAGUCACAGAAGUAGAAACAUGAAAGUCAAAUAAUGUGCCAGCAACUAGGUCGAGUGUCUUUAAGCAGGGCCCUGCUCUUGGUGAGCUUCAUCUUUUCAUUCUGCACAUAAUCACCAAGCGCAAAGCCCUGGGUUACCCAGGGGAGCUGAAGCAGGUGCCAUCGCUUCCCUCACAGAGCUCAUAGUCUAUAGAAGAAGUGAUCACACAUGCAUUAGUUACACAAAUGAGUGUAAAACAGCAACUUGGGUGAGGAAUCAGUGGUGGGUGGGGGAGCAGUAGGGGAAGUGAGGCUGCAGUAGAAGGACCCAACCAAGUCUGGGGAUCAGCCUUUGAGGUGCUGUUCACGAUUUAGGGAGUUCAUCAAAAAACAAUGGGAAGGCUUUAAGGAGCUUUAGCAAGGAAGUGGAGUGAGAAGUUCAUUCUUGCUGCUGAGUGGAAGAUGGACUGUAGGGGACAGGGUGUGUGUGGCAUCACCAGUUAGGGGCUGUUACAAAGGUCCAGGCAAGAGGUGCUGGUGUAGUUGGCCAGGUUGUGGCAGUGUGGAGGGAAGAGCAAGGAUUGAAUUGUAAUACAGCCCCGUCUAUUGAUUUACACAUGGGAGCUGACUGGGUGCAGGAGGGCCUAGGAGUGGAAAGGGUUGGGGAGGGAGCAGAGGAUCCGAGUGCCCUUGACUGAAACAGGAGGGACCUGGCCUGGCAGGAGAAGAGAAUCACAGUGGGGAGAUUGUGAAUUUAGUCAUGGAUGAGCAUGUUGCCCACAAGGUGCUUGGGAGGCAGCCAAGUAGAACUAGCACAUGAGCACAGGCCAUGUUUCUGGAGCUCAGAGAAGUGGCUGGGGCCACGGGGAUCUGGCCCGUGCUUAUCUGCCAUUGUGUACUUGCUCUUAACAAGAGCUCCCUGCUACCACAUCCCACUGCAUCCCCCCACCCCUUUACUGGCCUGUGCGAUCCUCUCUGGCUUUCAAAGCAGAGUCCAGGAGAUGCCCUGCUUCCUCAGGGGUCCUGCAGCCACCCAUCACCCACCCUCUGCUCCCUGUUCUCCCAGCCCUCAGUGCUCUACCCCUCUCCCCGCUGUUGCUCUUAUUACCUGGACUACAGCCGGAGACUCUCUGGCCCCCACCAGCACUGUUCUAACCCACCUCUGCCUCCAGCAUCUAGACUAGUCCUCAUGAAAUGAGAGGUAGGUAAAUAGUAGACAUACAACCCACAGUUGCAUUUAAUGUGUGUGUGUGUGUGUGUGUGUGUGUGUGUGUGUGUGUGUGUGUGUAUAUACACUAAUACUUUAUGAAAGAUGGAUUCAUAUGGUCAGUGGCCACCUUACCUGCAGCCUCCAUGACUGAUGGUUAGUGCUGGGCCCUUUCAUAGGACCAUCCACUCUUCAUGGAGAAACAGCUGUGGGCCACUAGUUGGUCAUGACAGAUAAUGAAACAGGCACCAAGUUUAAAGGAAGCAUUGACAGAUGUUGAGCCUAGAAAAUGAUACCUAAAUGGAGCUCAUUUUACAGGAAAAAAAAAACAAGUAUGGCAGCUAUGGAAAACAGCAGAUUUUUAAGCCAUAGGUUAGCCAGACUUGACACAAAGGAGGGAGAAGAUAAGUUCACAGGGUUUCCUAUGUUAAGAGGACCAGGGUCCUGGCCAUGAGCAGUGACCAUACACAUUGGGGUCUGUCUUUUCUUGACAUUCUUCUCCUCUAACAGACUGGAAUCUGUUUUAAUGCAAUAAUAUAUAAAUGUAAAUCCCAACAAAUACCUUGGCAAGAACAGGUUGCUAGGUAUUAGAUGCCAUAGACACUAGCAUCUUUGUGUAUGUGAUACCCAGAAACCUACACCUCGGUGUCCAGGAUACUACGUUUUUCUCUGUCUUGAGUUAGUGUUUUUAAUUAAGCAGACUGAGAGUUUAUCUUGGACUCCCUUGUCAAGCCGUUAAGGAUUGGUAUCACUGGCUUGAUGGAGAUGAGGAUCUUAUCUUCCCCGCCAGCUUCUCCUUGUAUUCUAUCUUGGAUUCUCUACUUCGGGUAUUUCACUUUUAGCUUGUCUAAAAGUGCCAAAGCUUUGUCUGGACAUGUUUUGGGAAGGCUGUUGAAGGGAAGUGGAUCCUCUACCUCACCAUGUGCUCAUUGUCCUGCGCUGCAAGGGAUGCCCGCAGGGCACACUAUGACCCGGUGUCUGCAGGGCCAGCAGAGAAUGCACUCAGGGAUACUGGUGAUGCUGUCGCAAUAGGGACCCACCCACCAAAGCAUCAGCAAGUACCUCUGGCCACCGAGGUCCUGACAUUUUCUUCUUCUUCUUUUUUUAAAGUGUUCUAUUUAUUUAUUUUGAGAGAGAGAGCAGGGAAGGAGCAGAGAGAGAAUCCCAAGCAGGCUCCAUGCUGUCAGCACAACCCCGGUGCGGGGCUCUAUCCCACGAACCGAGAGAUCAUGACCUGAGCCGAGAUCACAAGUCAGAAGCUCAACUGACUGAGCCCCCCAGGCACCGCCUGACAUUUUCUUCUUGCUCUUAAGACUCAGGGAGAAGUGUAAAAUUUCUGGCCUUUCAGUGUAGUACUUCUUUGCUAAUGUGCUCAUUGUAAAAAUAUCAGUCUGAUUGUCAUUUUUUUUGCAAGACUCAGGCUAUUU